CAACAACCUGACAAUGUUAGCAACUAGUAGGUGAAUAUAGUGGAGAAUUUAGCAGGAAGAGCACAAAAAGGUUGUACAGACUCAGGCUGUAAAUUAAAACGAAUGUAAGUUCUGUGUCCGGAAAGUGAAGCCAUUGCGAAAGUAUCAAAAGGCUGUAUUCUUUUGAAUGAGCAGCAGAGGGCGACUCCACUUGUUGCAAAAAGAAGUACGUUUCUUGUUGUUUUUUAGCUUAACAACUCAAAAGAAGUUGAAACAUAAAACAAAACUGUCUUUGAGAAUGCUUAUGAAUAGGGGCAAAGGACUAAAGCACAAUUUUUCUUUUGGUGAUUGCACUGUCAGCAGGACUGAGUGGGAACAACCAGUCUGUUCACACAUUUUGGAUGACAUGGACUGACACUGGUGGAUAAAAGAAAAUUUGUUUUUGUUCCAUGCCAAUGGUCACUUUCAAAGUUUUAUUCUUUGCUUCAAGAAAUCUUUCACUUCAUUCUCUGAGCCAUUAACAAGAAAGAAAGUAAUGAAACUUCAGUCAGAAAAUGGAACAUUACAUCCUCUGCUAGAAAGUAAUCUGAAUCACCCUGAAGUCAUCUUCUCAUCUUUCUCAUUUCUCAGGUUUAAAAUGAACGACGGACUCGAAACAAACUCGACUCAACUCUACGACAACUGGACAUUUUACAACAACUCCGUGGAGUGGGUCGUACCCAGGAAAAACAUCACCUAUGUUGGAUUUUACCUGCAUCAGCCGUCCACGGCGGCCAUCUUCAUCGUGUCCUACCUGCUGAUCUUCCUCGUGUGCAUGGUGGGGAACGGGGUGGUGUGUUUCAUUGUGCUGAGGAGCAAAAACAUGCGGACUGUCACCAACUUGUUCAUCCUGAAUCUUGCCGUGAGUGACCUCCUGGUUGGGAUUUUCUGCAUGCCCACAACGCUGCUCGACAACAUAAUUACAGGAUGGCCCUUUGGAAGCCUUGUCUGCAAAAUGAGCGGCAUGGUUCAAGGGAUCUCCGUGUCCGCGUCCGUCUUCACCCUGGUUGCUAUUGCCGUCGACAGAUUCAGAUGCAUCGUAUACCCGUUCAAGCAAAAGCUGACCAUAUCCACAGCCACACUGAUAAUCGUCAUUAUCUGGGUUCUGGCCGUGUCCAUCAUGUGUCCCUCUGGGGUGAUGCUGCAAGUGACCAAGGAGCAAACCAUCCGAGUGCUACUGGGCUACGACAACAAGACAAGCCCGUUCUAUUGGUGCAGGGAGAACUGGCCGAACCAGGAGAUGAGGAAGAUUUACACCACUGUCCUGUUUGCGAAUAUCUACCUUGCUCCCCUUUCCCUCAUCGUGAUCAUGUACGCCCGGAUCGGCAUUACACUUUUCAAAACGUCGGUUCCCAGUGAGGGGAAGCCGGGCCAAAGCAGCCGCCACACUGUGUCAAAGAAGAAGCAGAGGGUGAUUAAAAUGCUUUUAAUAGUGGCUUUGCUCUUCAUCCUUUCCUGGCUGCCCCUGUGGACUCUCAUGAUGCUGAGCGACUACGCUCGCCUGACCGAGCAGCAAUACAGAAUCAUCAACAUUUACAUUUACCCCUUUGCCCAUUGGUUGGCCUUCUUCAACAGCAGCGUCAAUCCAAUCAUCUACGGUUUCUUCAACGAGAACUUCCGCAGUGGAUUUCAGGCGGUGUUCAAGUUCAGCCUGUGCGCGGCGGACGGACCGCGGCGGAAGACAUACUCGCACAGGCUGCAGGGAAACUCCGUGCUCCCGGCCAACAACGCACAGACCACUCUGGAGCCUAUUUCUCUCAACAGCCUGGAAAAGACGUCAUCCAGGCGAUUCAACCACGUGACUGAACAGGACUUGGUCAUGGAGGACCUGGAAAAGGCGUCUUGCAGCAGUGGGGGUGUGACUGCGGUGUCUAUAUGAGCAGACACACAUUCAGUACAGACUUUAUUCCGAGGUGUAGGCAAACGGUUUUCACAUUUAAAAAAACAAAAGCGAAAACAAAAACACCCCUUACUAUUCAAAUAAAAGUUCAAUUAGCACAAGUAAAGAACAGGGCUCUCCUCUCCCGAGUAGGUUUUUAGAAAACUGACGUUUACAUGUAAAUUGUCCGAGGCUAUUUUUCAGUACUGUCGAGAUAAAACUGGCAAAGAAAAUAAUAUUUUACACACAAACUUUUAGGACUGUCUUGCGCCACCUAAACAAUUUACACAGCAGGGAAUUAAACCCUUAUAUGUCUAAAAUGAAAAUGUAAAUAACCAAUAGAGAAGAACCAAGAGAGAAAACUCAAUGUGGUUAUUAUUCCUUAUUCAACACAUUUGAGGUACACAAUAUGAUGUUGCACAUAUUUUGCCAUGGGCUGUGCUGUUCAGACUGGAUAACAAAUCCUAAAAGCUCCAAUGUGUAAAUCGAUCAAUUAGGAUUUGUCAAUAUUGCAUUGAUAAAGGCUACUGUCCUGCUCAUUGAAAAAAAUAAAAAUACUAAUAAAAACCUUGUAUGUAUAAAUGUAUAAAGAUGCAUCAAACACAUGUAUGUACUGUGAUGUUUGCAGAGCAGAUUUCAAAAGUAAAGUAACUAUCAUUUUAUUUCCUGGUAUCAAUAGAUGAAACAAAAAAAGGAGAAGAAAAAAAAAAGAACAUGUUUAAGCAAGAUUUAAAAUUAAAAAAAAGGGCUCAAACGUUGAAUCAAAGACUGGUGACGUAACAAACCUUCAGGUAACUCCACAUGGCACGACAACUUUUAGACCCGCAGCUGCAAUUACACUUUAGAGAACAAAACCCUGAGAAAGACUCUGAAAUCAAGCAGCCACUUUACCCGUUACGUCGUUGUCACAGCAGCGUUUCUCUCGGCCCACCUGCCUCAGAACACAACCAGAGCCCGAUUAUUAGACUGAACUUUGUUUUCACUUCAUUACUUUGUCUGACCUUGAGUUUGUGUCAGCAGUUUGCGAAGGGCCCAUUAAUUUGUUUAGGCAGUCAGCAAAGAGUGACUAAUCUGUCACGCCGACAUCGUGAUAGGAGGAAGUUAAUUUAACAUUGGUAACGUGGAGAGAAGAAAUGUGCAGACUUCAGCGUUAUUUCUGAGGGUUGACUUUUUAUACGCAGUUUUUUUCGGUUUUUUUUCCUGGCUGUGCUGUAGGAAGGUGACAUUUUCUAAAAUUAGACAGUUCAGAUUGGCUUUACGGUGUUUCCAGCCUUGGGGAAGCAGCCGUCACUAAAGUCCAAACGCAAGACAAAAAAGAGAACAGAAAUAGGUGAUACGUAACUUUUGGAAAAAAGAAAAGCAAUACGUUAGCACACAAUGUAAAAUAUAGGCUGAUUGAAGCCGAUAUAAAAUGGAGUGUAAACCCAGAGAUAAUUAGUCCGUCUCGGUUAGUUUAAACCACUUCACCUCAGCCAUUCAAAGGGCCGUUUUAUUUAAUGAUUGAACAUGUGCAGCAUUUACUCAGAAGCAAACCAGACGAAGUUUGCACAGAAAUGGAAAAGGGCCAACUCUGUAGGUUACACACAUUAGCGAUUUGCUUUUCCUUUUUAAAAAAAUCAGCAUUGAAAGAGAGUUUUUGCACAUAAGGAGAGGAGAGGGGUACGAUUAUGAUUGUCUGUGACCCAUCUUUUCAGAAAUCUGCACUGUAAACGCAUACAUCAAAGUGUCGUGACGCUGGAUUAAACGUUAUCUAUUCAUGAAUAUCUCAUGAGCCUGCUAUGAUUGUGCCAUGUAAAUCUCAAGAUUGUUGAAGUGUGUUGCUGUUAUUUUGUGUUUACCUCUUUGUGCAGUUCACCUUGACAGUAAAUGGGGGAGGAAAAAAAAAACAGAGGGGCUGCAUUGGGGCCCAAAACAUGUACCGUCUGCUGUAAAUAUGCACUACUGAGUCUAAAGCUUAGAUUGCAAGUGAUAAUGUGAAUCUGUUCGUCUGUGUGAACUAAAGUAACUAUUUGGAAAAUCCAACCUUUGGUUUAAAGGUGUUUUACAGACUUUGAGUCUCUACUGUUGGUGUCUUAAAUUAUUUUAUUUUUUUUAUAAGGGCCCAUUCUGAAAAUGUGUUUAUCAGCAACAUAAUCUGCUAAAUUCUUAAACCACACAUUCCAAAAAUAACAGCUAUGAGUGUUGUAUGACCUGAGGCACACUGUGGCAGCCAUAAUGGAGAGAAUCUCUAUGUAAGUGAUUCCAUCCUGUUCAUAAGAGGUUUGACAUUUAACUCUGGGGAAACUCAACUGCUGCAUCGGGAGGGAUAGGUUUUUAUGUUUGUUACUGUAAGUCAACAGCAGCAGCUUGUUGCUAAAUUCAAGGUGAUGUUUUUUAGUGGAAAGUUGUUACUAAAGGAGGAAAUAGCCUUAGGGAUGCAAAAAGGCAAGGUGGCAACAAGUGACAAGAGGAUGACAAAUGUUCAACUCCUUCCAGAGUGCAGGAUGACAAACAAAUACAAACUGACUGUGGUGCGUAAUCAGAUUUUCUGUUUGACAGCCAUCUCAAUAAUUUGUUAUGCCACACAUCAUAAAUCAGUGCCUGUUCCAAGAACCCCAAAUGUAAGUUGUAAAUUGAAUUUAAAAGAUGCUGCUAUACGUAUGCUGUACUUUAAGAUUACCAUUACAUUCUAAUCUCCCUACAUGAAUUGAUACGAGCAUUUUACUGGUGGAUGAACCAGUUUGUUACCAUAGUCAGUGAAGCUGGGAAGUACUGAAAAUGUGCCAAAGUAAAUGUGCCAUACAAUGUACUCCCUUUACUACGGCCUUUGGCUUUUUAACUUUGCAGAACUUUUACAUGCACAAUAAACCUAUAACACACUAGAGGAAAGGGGGGAAAUUAAGAGAGCAUAAUAUGUCUCCUUUAAAGACUGCUUCUGUCUGAUAUCAAAAGAAAAAUCUACUUAACCGUUAUUGGUUCAACAACAGGUUUUAACUGUUUGAGUCACUGAGUCAUUGGAAAAUAUGGCACAGACACUUGUCUCAAGCAGGUGCCUUAAUUUUUGAUAAGUUGUCUGCAAAGAUUCCCGAUCAUCCAGGUCCGUGGACGUCUACACCCAUUAUGUCAAAAGCAACUACAUUUGUAUUCUAAUCGCUGACAGCAACUUUUCCAAAUGGCCACAUCUCCUCUGUUGACAGGAGGGGAGCCCCCCUGGCAUUUUCAAUCUUACUGAGGUAAAGCGCUGUCAAAUGAGUCACAAAAAUUAGACUCAAGGUUCUUAGACAGAGUUAGUCACAAUAUUUAUCUAAAAAAGUAAUGAAUUCAGAAACUCUACAGGGAUCAGAAAGCACAUCCUAUCUCUACAAGGACCUCACAGAUGCUAAGAGUUUUUUGGUUUUUUUUAACACCCGCUGUACUGUACUCACACCUUUGUUCUUUGUGCUCACAGCUCAAUCUGCCGUGCAGCGUUACAUCAUCUACCAGUUAAGGCCUUGACCUCGCCGAUGAAAAGGGUUCGUGCCCCCCCCUCCACCCCUUUUGGACGCGGCUGUGUAAUGUGUUGACAUAUUCAGCAGCGACUCUGAUUUGACCCCCUCUUUGUCGAGCCAGUUCACAUGUCCUCAGUAAAUACUGCUACUCACUCAGACGAGAGUACCGUUGUCCAUUUUUCUGGCAUAAUUUGUCAUCCUGUGAAUUUCUGGUUGACUAGCCAUCUGGAGACGGUUAUAAUGGGAAGUAAUAUUCCCGAUCCCUGCGUCAGAACAUAGCGAGUGCAUCUGUGAGUGUUGUCAUGUGGACUAGAAAAACAUUAGGGUUUAUAGUUAGUCCAUCUGAUACUGAUUUAGCUUAUUUUUCUUCUUCAAAUUUGGUUCUACCAACUUGGUACCUGGAUCCAAAGUGGGCCCAGCGUUUAGCGAUAUGAUGUCAUGGCAUUUUUUGGGGAAUGAGUCACAUGGUGGCAAGGUCAUGCCACCCUGUUGCCCUUUUAACCCUCACAGCUAUGAAUAGGCAUUGUGAGGAAAUUGUUUGAUAUCAGUGCCAAAUACAAUGCCUCAGUUUACAAAUGAACUUUACAUAACCGUACUUGGGAAAUCUAAAAAUGUUGAAAUCCUUUUUUCUAAUUUAACCCUUUUUUUUAUUUAAGGACUUUGUCUUUAUAGAAAUAAAGUUGUAAGUUAUUCGAUUUAAAUCAGGGAGAAAAGUCUCAUCAGUCAUCCAGUAAACAGGACCAAGAAUUAAACGAAGCAUUUGAUGCCAAGCCUUUAACACUGAACACUUUUAGUACUUCAUACUAAGGUCUCGUCAGUCUGUACUCGUACAAUAUAGGGGUUCAGGCCCGAGCUCUACUAGCAACUUCGGAAUUUCCAACAACACUAAAAUCUAAAAUAUGUAGAAAGGAAAAUGUCAGAUUGUUCUGUUUGCUUUCAUAACAAUUGUUGUGUUUCUCUGGGGUUUAUGGGAGGUUAUAUUUUCAUUGGCAUUUGUUUGUUUGUUAAUUCUCAGUAUUACGCAAAAACUGAGCAGAUUUCCAUGAAAUUUUUUUGAAGGGGUGGGGCAUGACCCAAGGAAGAGUCCAUUUUCCUUCUUUAUUAUUUGAGAGUGGAUCCAGGAAAGAUUUUUCACUAGAUACGGCAUUGACCUUGGCAGAGGCGUGUGCUGUCUGAGCGUCCUUGUAGUUUGAAAAGGAUUCAUUCCUGCCAAAGAAGUCAGGGUUAACUACCAUCGUUCAACAGACCACAAGACUCUUGAUGACAUUCUGAGAAUUGUUUGUGACAUGCACAGUAACAAUAGAGACACUUUUCCACAAACCAGACGUUAGGUGUGACACAUCAGUAAUGAAUGUAAUAAAUUUGUACUUUUUGGUGCCUGUGGUGAGAAAGUAUUUUUUUUCUUUUUAAAGAAGAAUGAAUGAAUUACUGUGAAUUUUUUUUAGGAUCUCGAGAAUCUUGGUACCUUUGUAUAGUCUGCAUGUGAAUAGCUUGUGUACUAGCAUGUCUGGUUUUGGUGUCUGCACCUAUAUGUUCUUUAAUGAUGUUAAAAUAACUAUUUUAAAAGAUUUGUUUUAUGGGACACAUGAUAGUUUUUUUUAUAGAAAGUAAUAAAAUAAAUAGUGUCCUAUUUAAUUGUGAAGGGCUAUUCAUCACAUUAAAUCUAUUACCUCUGUGAUUGUCUGCACAUAAUAGGCCUGCAAGGUUCAUAGAGAAGGUACAGAGUAUUUACAAAAGGCUUGUUAAUGCUACUGCUUUGUGGCAUUACUGGUAUAAUGACUUUCCUUUGCACAUAAUCUAAUGUAAUUAAACAUUAUGAAAAGGGGGGUGAGAAGUUAACUAAGAUUAUAAAAUGAUGAAAGCUGUGCCUCUGAGGAAAAGCAAACUCCUGAUAAUUAAAUCUAUUUUCAAACAGAUUUUGCCCCAAUUCUCUGAUACACUGUGGAAUACAACGUUGGCCAAAUGGAUAUAAUUGCGCACAUGGAUUACAAAAUUUAAUUUGCCUGAUAGAGGUAACAAAAGACUACGUUGAUGAUAUAACACACGUGACAAUUUUAACAGCUUUGACAACACAUGUUCUGCCUUAUAGCAGAAAGAAGCCCUGUGUUGAAACAAUGCAGAGCUGCAUUGGCGGGCGUGUUGCUAUAGGUACAAGUGAGACAAUAGUGUAUAGGCUGUUUGGAAUAACAUGAAUUCAUUUAAAGGCUAAUCAAACGCCAAAAACAUGCCUUGACAAUUUGCAGUACUCUCAUUUAACAACGUCAUCAUCCUGGUGCAUCAGUUUUCCCAUUUGUUACCGUAAUUGCAAGGCUAACAGGCGAUUUACAGCUUUCAUAUAACAAUAGAAUCGACUGCCAAUGUGUGCAUGCAUGUAUUUGAUUGGCCGACAGCCUGAUAACGCGGUGUAGCAGCAAAAGUUGAGCCUGGCUCUUUGUUUUUUGCAGACUGACCCAGUGUUGUUUUGCCGAAGACGUUUGCAAUAGCAUCCGACUGCGUCGGUGAACUAGCUUCGUUCAGCUGAAUUAGAGGGCGGUGUCUUUCCCCCCACACAGACCGAACGUGACCUUGAUGUGGUUGCAAAUAAAAAAUUUAAAAAUUUAAAAAACAAUUUUAGCAUGAUAGACAGAGCAUUUGAGGUAAAAUACUGGAGUUAGCCAUGAUGGGCCAUGGUGUCAGAAAAGCACAAUAAGAUGUUCUGAUUCACAUGUACAAAAACAAAAACAGGGUGACGACAUAAGUACACUGUGACACGAAGCAAAGCUAUUUCCUCCAACAGGUUUGUUAGGUUUACGUUUACCAGAAGAGGUCAGAGUCGAUUUUCAUUACAUGGCCAGUGACCAAAGAAAAUGGUGGGCAGCUUCAAGUUGGUAUCCUUUGUUUUUGUUUUUUAAAGUGUGUUUUUUAACCCUUUGUUUAAAGUUGGUCUCAUCAUUGAGAGUCAUAUUAUAAUAAUGUUAGUGUUGGCUUUUGCAGUUAAACAUACCUUGGACAACCAUAUCCAACAGCUAAACUUAAAUAGUAUCAUGACAUAACUAACCACUAAUGCCUAGUUUCCAUUGACGCAGUGAAAGCACUCAUUUGGAAUCACGUACACUGGGAUGUUAAUGGAAUAAUUCAACAAGCAGCCCAUUUCAGAUUUCACCUCAGUAAAAAAAUCAGUACACUGAUAAUCACUGUCCACGUAAAUGUCAGUGAAUUAUUCAAUGGGGUGUUUUGAAAGCAGAAUUAAACUUGCAGAAAAACUCCUUCAAGCCAAAUCCUCUUGUCAACCCAGUAGGAAGACAGCUGCUGGUUGGCUCUACUAUUUUGAGGAUGACCGAAUCCAUUAGGCAUUAUUUUGGUUGUGCUUCAUGGAAAAUUUCUUUUAGCUAUGCAGCAACCACACGAUUUACUCCAAAGCUCAUUGUAAAUGUCCACGUGGCCUCAGACAGAUAUUUAUUUUUGUCUGCUGUGAUAAGGAUGGUGAGAAUUGAUGAUCUGUGCACAGAAUUCAUCCUGGCAUGGUGCUUUUCCCUUCUUGAAAAAUGUUUUUCAAGAUCGCUGAACCAUUUAACUCCAUGAUGUUGAAUUCGAACAAAUACAGGGUUAUUCCUAACCAUUUGUUUUGUUGUUAUUAUACUGUGUAUGAGAAAAUGUGCUUAUUUUCUCCAUUUAUCUCCAAGGGAUCAAGGGUAAUAAUGAGACACUUUCAGCACAGCCAUGACCAGAAAAAUGUCCAUUUUGUUUUAUGAAUUUACUAACUAUACAGCCUUUUUUUUGCAAAUAGGGAAUAAUGUGCAAUUUCUUUUUGUUCUUUGACUUAUUUUCUGAAAGUCUGAAAAGCUUGCCUUCUUUAUAUCUGUUCUGUAAACUGUACAUCCAGUGACCAGAAGAGAAACUCUCUCAGUCCCUUAGGAGACGUGGGGGCAAACAAGGUUCUUGGAACAUCCUGCUGUAAAAAAAAAAAAAAAGUGGAAUUUAAUAGGUCAUGCAUGGCCGAGGCAGAUGCUACUGUGAUCUGAAUAUUAUGCUUGACAUUAUUUUUCAUGGAUGUUCUUUAAACUAUUCCUCGGUGUCUUUGUACUGCGACGGCAUUCAUGUACCUCAAGCAUUCGGAUGCUUCAGACGUUGAAAUCUUGGCUGGAUUUUGAUUAUGCUUUGUGUAAACACUGUAAUGCAGUGUUUUUUCCCCCUCAUCAGAGCCAUUAUUUCCUGUAUGUUUAUGUUCUGAAGACCCAUAAUGAAAGAUUCUCACAAAGAGGAAUUAAUCCUUUGUAGAUACAUAAUUCAUGUAUUCGUUAGCUAUACUACUGAGGCUCGCGGGCGGGCGGGAUGGAGCCAAUCCCGGCUGACAAUGUGAAAAUUACUCAUAAUGUCAAUGAAUUGACUGCUCUAAUGUUAAAUUUAACUCUGGUGUUUAGGUUUUGACCCCCAGGCAUUAAAGGGUCCAGUAAGCAGGAAUGUAAUCAUCAUUGUUUACAACAUUUGUCGAACGAGUGCUGCCUCCCACUCUGCUCACGAUGUUUUCCUUAGUAAUCCGUCCACAAAUUGAGUCACACAAAAGGAAUGGACGGUCUCUUGCAAGGGCAGGGGCACAAUUUUCUGGUCACUGAGUGAAUAUUUUCUUUAAAAAAAACAAAACCUUUUUGUCUUGUUUAUUUGCAGAAAGCAUUGAAUCAAUGGAGGGGGGAAAGUUGGGGUUGUGUUUAUGCUUGUUUUUUUUCAAGUCAAGCUCCUUUCUGUCCUGCCUUUGUAUGAAGAGAUAUUUUCAAUGUGCCCAAAGUGUGGGAGGGCACAUUUGUGUCUUUGUGAACAGCAAAAUGUCCAAACGGUCAUUAAUAAAAGAUAUCGGUCUUAACUUCAUUAACAAUAAAAGUACUAAAAUCUC